CGCUUUAUUUCAGAUCUCUUUUCUCCCGUGAUUUCGGGGUUAGCAAUGGUGAGGAUGGAGAAACCUGUCUUAGCUGAAGAUAGUUUGUCUGAAUCCGAAGAGGAAAAUGCAGUCAGCGAAAGCGAGAACAGCCAACAGUUAGAUGAAGAAACGACCUCAUUUGUUCAGAGAAAGCUGCAUCAACUCGAGUACGAAAAUGUUGAUAACAAGCAAAAUUGCAAUAUUGAAAAUUUACAAGUUAUAGGAGUUGAUCUUUUGUCAAAGAUUCAGAAUCUUGAGAAUGGAUUUGCUCGUGCCUUUACAGAAUCCAAGAUUUCUGAAUUUCCUGUUGGCAACAUUGAAAUGUGUAAAUUAGUUGCGGAGUUGGAUGAACAGAUUCAACUUUGUUUAACCGAGUUAAAGCAACUAUGUACUCUUAAUUCAUUUGCAAAUCCUAAAGGAACUUGUGGUAAUGAUGGAUUGGGAAUUUUGAAAAGUUCAGAUUCGAUAAGUCAAAAACAACAAUUAAGUUCUCUUUAUCAAGAAGACAGUGAUCUGGUAAAGGAAUUGUCAGCAAAAAUACUCGAGAUGGAGAAGCUUAAAUCUGACAAUUUGCUCAAGGAAAAUGAGCUUGAAGCUUUAAGGCUGCACCAAAAAGAUUUAGAAACUCAGCUUUCUUCUGUUGAGAAGGAAAAAAGGCAGUUGGAGGAAAAUAUAGAAAUCAUGCGAAGAGAAGUUGUUGUUACUGCUAAAUUUUUGGAUGAUUUACGGAGCGAAAUGAUGGACCUUAAUAGCAAUAUGGAUUCCCAGAUUUCAGUCAACAAAAUUCUUGCAAAGAAAUCUUCAGAACUUGAAAACGGAAAGCAGGCAGUGGAAGUUCAUUUAUCAGAACGGUUAUGUGAUCUCGAAGAACAAUUAAUGUAUCUAACUGAUGAGAGAGAGUCAUUUUGUUUGGAACUACAAACUCCAGAAUCUCAAGCUAUGAAUUUCAAAGAUGAGAUAAUGAGAAGAUUGGCAGAUGAAAUGGAGGCACAAAAAGUUGAUAUGGGACAGAAGAUGGAACAGAUGAAAAGGCAAUUGUCAGAAGUUCAAGAAGAGUGUGAGUGUCUAAAAAUUGAAAAUCUCAAACACAUUGAAGAAUAUAAUAUGCUUCAGAAAGAAAAUGGAGAACUAAUAAAGCAAAAGAUGGAGUUACAUGUGCAUUGUAUGGUCUGGGAAGCAGAAUUAAAAGAAUCAGAAAAAGUUUUUUCAAAUAUACUGAACAAAGUAGACAACCUUCAAAGAGAGAACCAACUGUUAGAAGAAGAAGUUUUGGCUCAAUUGCAGAAAAAGUUACUCCUUCAGGAUGAAGUUUUGGCUCUUAAAGAAGCAAUUAGUGAAGCCAAGUUUGAAAAUGAAAUGCUGGAAGCUUCUUUCGUGAUGCUAUCUAGAGACUAUGAAGAACUUACAGCUGAAUCAAGUUUAUUUGUUCAGAAAAUCUAUAGUAGUUGCAAAUGUAGGAAAAUUGCCCUUGAAGAAGCCUUGGGAACUCAAGAAGCUUUGCUGGAAAAUGAGCUGGCCCAGAUUAGUAGAGAAAAUCGCAUACAGGUUGAUAACAAGCAAAACUGCAAUACCGAAAGUCCUCAAUUUAUAGGAGUUCAGCUCGCAGAAGGUUUAGAGGCAAAUGACAUGUAUAAGUUCCAGCUUAAGAGUUUGUUGUCAAAGGAUGUAGGCAUUCAUUUAGAUGUUCCUGAGAACUCAGCAGGUGAAGUAGCUGCAGGAAAAGACAGACGUGAGUGCAAAGUAUCAACACUUGAGGUAGAGAUGAGUGCAAUGUAUCAAAUAUGCUGAGGUAGAAGUUGAUCGAGGGGGUGACUUGUGGUGCAGCUUAAGGCUGUUUAUGAUAGAAAGGGCUGGUUUCGGAAUCCAGGGAAACUUUGGUUAUAUUUGUCAAUAAGGCUGCCCCAACACUAACAACUUCCUUUCACCAAUUUGUUGUUUUCAAUGGUUAUGUAGAUCUUCUGUUAAGCAACUCAGGGGCCUGCUGCUCCGGGCAGAAGUCAAGGAAUGGAUCUUCGGGGUUGAGUAAGGGCUAAUUGUAAUAUAAGAUGUAAAAAUGCAAGCUUUGUACUCAAUGUAUAUCAAUAGUUGUUGUAGGUAGUUAUAGCAGUUAAUUAUUAUUGUAAGCCUUGAUGUUUCAGAUUUGGCGGUCAUGAAGAACUCCCGAUACAUUCAUCCUUCAUAACCUUCUCAGUUGAUUCUGUUCUUUCUUUUUCUCA